GACUGCGGUUGGCGUCCCUCUGAGCAUGCGCAGGGGGAGGGAGGCCUCUUUGGGGAGAAGAGGAAGAGGGAGGAGAAGGCGGAGAGGCAGCCACUGCAUCCAGGGGCAGUUUGGAAAUACCCCCCAAAUAAGCAAGAGCAUCUUGGGGAGGUACCCCUCUCUGCCGGAGCUGCCAUGUCUGGGAUUGGGAACAAGCGCAUGGCUGCAGAGGCCAGCCCCUCGGGGCUUCCAGAAAAGAAAGCCAGCGUGGAGGACUCUGGGACCACUGUAGAGACCAUUAAGCUUGGGGGUGUCUCCUCAACGGAGGAAUUAGACAUCCGCACUCUCCAGACCAAAAAUCGGAAGCUUGCUGAGAUGCUGGACCAGCGACAAGCUAUUGAAGAUGAACUGCGUGAACACAUUGAGAAGCUGGAACGACGGCAGGCCACCGAUGAUGCCUCGCUGUUGAUUGUCAACCGCUACUGGAGUCAGUUUGAUGAGAACAUCCGCAUAAUUUUGAAACGUUAUGACUUGGACCAAAGUCUUGGAGACCUCCUCUCAGAACGCAAGGCCCUGGUGGUGCCAGAGCCAGAACCCGAUUCAGACAGCAACCAGGAGCGCAAAGAUGAGAGGGAGCGAGGAGAGACAUUUGAGCCAGCGUUCUCCUUUCUGGCCACUUUGGCCAGCAGCACCAGUGAAGAAAUGGAAUCUCAGCUACAGGAACGUGUGGAGUCUUCCCGCCGGGCUGUCACUCAGAUUGUGACCAUGUAUGACAAACUUCAGGAGAGAGUGGAUGUCCUGACCCAGAAGCUGAACAGCGGAGAUAUCUCUCUGAUGGAAGAGGCUGUCCAAGAGCUGAAUUCUUACCUAACAUGUGAGAACAGGCGGCUUCAGGAACUGGCUGAUUUGCUUCAGGAAAAACACCGCUCCAUGUCUCAAGAGUUCUCCAAAUUGCAAGGGAAAGUAGAGGCUGCAGAGUCUCGUGUGUCUGUGCUGGAGACCAUGAUAGAUGACUUGCAAUGGGACAUUGAUAAAAUCCGUAAGCGGGAACAGCGCCUCAACAGGCACCUGGCAGAUGUUUUGGAACGAGUGAACUCAAAAGGCUACAAGGUAUAUGGUGCAGGCAGCAACCUCUAUGGUGGGACUAUCACCAUCAACUCUCGAAAGUUUGAGGAGAUGAAUGCUGAACUGGAGGAAAAUCAGGAGCUGGCCCAGAAUCGCUUGAGUGAGCUGGACAAAUUGCGUCAAGAUCUUGAGGAGGUGACAACUCAGAAUGACAAGUUAAAGGUAGAUCUGAGAAGGGCAGUAGAAGAGGUGGUGAAGGACACACCCGAAUACCGCUGCAUGCAGUCCCAGUUCUCCGUUCUUUACAAUGAGAGUCUGCAAUUGAAAUCGCAGCUCGACGAGGCUCGUACUCUGCUUCACGGCACCCGAGGUACCCAUCAGCGUCAGGUGGAGCUCAUUGAGAGGGAUGAAGUCAGCCUGCAUAAGAAAUUGCGAACUGAGGUUAUCCAGCUGGAAGACACUCUUGCUCAGGUCCGCAAGGAAUAUGAAAUGUUGCGGAUUGAAUUUGAGCAGACACUUGCAGCCAAUGAACAAGCAGGUCCCAUUAAUCGUGAGAUGCGGCACCUCAUUAGCAGUCUCCAGAACCACAACCACCAGUUGAAAGGAGAAGUGUUGCGAUACAAACGGAAGCUGAGGGAGGCUCAGUCUGACUUGAGCAAGACCCGGUCCCGCAGUGGGAGUGCCCUUCUCCACUCUCAGUCAAGUACUGAAGAGGCCAAAGAAGAACCUCCUGAAAUCAAACAAGAACCAGACGAUCCUUCCUCGCAUCCUGUAGCCUCCAAGGGACCCCCUGAAGAUGCCCCUGAAACCAAGGCGAGGAGAGAUGAAGAGGAGCGAGAGCGCGAAAGACGGGAAAAGGAGAGGGAGCGGGAAAAGGAGAAAGAGAAGGAGAAGGAGAGAGAGCGAGAAAAAGAGAAGGAAAAGGAAAGAGAGCGAGAAAAGCAAAAGCAGAAGGAAUCGGAGAAGGAGAGGGAAUCGGGCAAAGAGAAGGACAAAGGAAAGCAUGACGAUGGAAGGAAAAAGGAAGCAGAAUUGAUCAAGCAGUUGAAGGCUGAUCUUAAGAAGGCUCAAGAAAGCCAGAAAGAAAUGAAGUUGCUGCUGGAUAUGUACCGCUCUGCCCCCAAAGAGCAAAGAGAUAAGGUUCAAUUGAUGGCUGCUGAAAAGAAGGCCAAAGCUGAGUUGGAAGAGUUAAGGCAACGAGUAAGAGACCUUGAGGACAAGGAGAAGAAAGAAAGCAAAAAAAUGGCUGACGAGGAUGCCCUACGGAAGAUCCGAGCAGUGGAGGAGCAGAUAGAAUACUUACAGAAGAAACUAGCCAUGGCUAAGCAGGAAGAAGAAGCACUCCUUUCCGAAAUGGACGUGACGGGCCAAGCCUUUGAGGACAUGCAAGAGCAGAAUAUUCGCCUGAUGCAGCAGUUGAGGGAGAAGGACGAUGCCAACUUCAAGCUCAUGUCAGAACGCAUCAAAUCCAACCAGAUCCACAAACUUUUGAAGGAGGAGAAAGAGGAGUUGGCGGACCAAGUCCUUACCUUGAAGACACAGGUGGAUGCCCAGUUACAAGUUGUACGCAAACUGGAAGAAAAGGAACAUCUCCUUCAGAGCAACAUUGGCACUGGAGAAAAGGAGUUGGGCUUGCGGACCCAGGCCCUAGAGAUGAACAAACGUAAGGCUAUGGAUGCAGCUCAGCUUGCCGAUGACCUUCGGGCCCAGUUAGAGCUGGCACAGAAGAAGCUGCAUGAUUUCCAGGAGGAGAUUGUGGAGAACAGCGUGACCAAAGAGAAGGAUAUGUUCAACUUCAAACGAGCCCAGGAAGAUAUCUCAAGGCUGCGAAGGAAGCUGGAGACCACCAAGAAACCUGACAUGGUUCCCAACUGUGAUGAAAUCCUUAUUGAGGAAAUUAAAGAUUAUAAGGCCCGGCUGACAUGCCCUUGCUGCAACAUGCGCAAGAAGGAUGCUGUGCUCACUAAGUGCUUCCACGUCUUCUGCUUUGAAUGUGUGAAAACCCGGUACGACACCCGACAGCGCAAGUGUCCCAAGUGCAACGCUGCUUUUGGGGCCAACGACUUCCACCGUAUCUACAUUGGCUGAGUCUGUCCAUUCAAGGCAUCUCAGUUGUCAACCCACUAUACUUGUCGCUCAUCAGCAGGCUGGAUACUGCUUCUCUAUGUCAGAGGUCUCCUCCUCCCCCACUUCUCAAAAAAGACAUAUCUCCUUAGGUUAGUGACAGGAGGUUAAAUUUUUUUUCUCAUUAUUUUCUUUCCUUUUCCAGUUUUGUUUUGCUUUUCAUUUAGUACCGGUCCUCAUUCAUUGCCCCAGCCUGCUAAGGACGAGUGAUCAUUAUGAGAAAUGGUGUUUGGUUGAUCCCUGACACAAGCAAUAGCUGUGAAAUAGGCAGCAGUUGAAUCAGCUAGCACCCAUAACUCUAGGGAAAUGGCAUGAGUUAGUUUAAUGAGCUUUCUUGCAGACCUUUUGAUGUUAGUUUCCAUCUCUGUUUUCUAAUAAAGGAAAAAAUCCUUCAUCUUGGUCGGAAUGUUUCCCUGUGUUUGUGUGUGUUUCUGCUUGCAUUUGUUGGCAGUCUUGUUGUAUUUAUUGAGAGCCUUUAACACCUUCCUGGGUCCACACAGUUUCUUCCAUUUAAGGGUACUUCAGAACAAACUUUUGUAACCACUGCACUCUGGCAGAAAGAAGAAAGGAGCUCAGCCUUGGAGAAAACAGUGAUUGUAACGGAACCACCACCAUGUUCAGUGCUAGCCUUCUAAAAUGAGGCAAGACCCAUCAGUAACAUAGAUAAAGCAGCUUGCAGUAUCAAAGAAGAAAUUGCCUCCUCUCUGUAUGUCAUAAUGUUCCAGAAGAGAUGGGUUUACACCAGGCAUGGGGAAGCUUUGGCCCCCUAUGUGUUCUGGACUCCAACUCCCACAAUUCCUAACAGUCUACUAGCCUCCAGUGGUGCAGUAGGGUAAACUACUGAGCUGCUGAACUUGCAGACCGAAAGGUUAGCGGUUCAGAUCCGGGGAGUGGGGCGAGCUCCGGCUGUUAGCCCCAGCUUCUGCCAACCCUGUAGUUCGAAAACAUGUACAUUUGAAUAGAGCAAUAGCUACCGCUCUGUAGAAAGCGCUCCAUGCAGUCAUGCCGGCCACAUGACCUUGGAUCUAUGGACAAUGCCGGCUCUUUGGCUUGGAAAUUGCGAUGAGCACUACCCCCAGAGUUGGACUCGACUAGACUUAAUGUCAAGGGGAAACCUUUACCUUUACUUACCAGCUGUUAGGAAUUGCGGAAGUUGAAGUCCAAAACACCUAGGGAGCUGAAUUUUACCCAUGCCUGGUUUACACACAGUGCUUUGUCUAUAGGCCCCCAUGUAUGACCCAUUGUAGUAUUGAAGGGGUGUAAUCCAUCAUGUGAGGUGAAUGUAGCCUUUGUGAACUAGAACCUACACACCCAAAAGGCACAAGUAGGAUCUGUCACCCACUUUUUCAUGGCAGAUGAAUCACACAAGUGGAAUCAACAUACAUGAACCUGCAUCUGAUUCAAUUUGCUAUGUGUCCUGGAAGAGGCUUCCUAUUGUGGCCUGUCUUUUUACUGGAUCUACACCUGGGACUAAAAAGCAAGAGGGACCUUUUAGACCACUCCUCCAUUAAGAAGCCCUUUUAAGGUAGAGUAGAGUGGCGACAGAUAGUGGCCAGUAUAUCAGAUACUUCAGUUCAAUUUACUGUCAGAUUUCCCCUUUGCUAUAAAAAUGACCAAUGUCAGAGUACAUUUGUGCCAAUAAAAAUCUGUGAUUA